UUAAAGGGAAAUAUGAGGGCGAAAUCGUCACCGCCUUGCGUUCGGCAUUCCAUAGAAUAGAAGAGGAGGAACAGUAGCGAUCUCGCUGUAGUUGAGCGGUUGAGCCUUCGAUUACCCUCCUACGAAUCCCUAACGUGGGGAUCGAUCGUUGGCCAUGGCGACGCUGGAGCGACGGGAGCUCGGGAACACCGGCUUCAAGCUCAGCUGCCUCGGCUUCGGCGCCUCCCCCCUCGGCAACGUCUUCGGCGACGUCUCCCCCGCUGACGCCCUCGCCUCCGUCCGCCUUGCACUCCGACAUGGCAUCAAUUUCUUCGACACCUCCCCGUAUUAUGGGGAUACGGUCUCGGAGACGGUGCUCGGGAACUGCCUCCACGAGUUGAACGUGCCGAGGGAGGAGAUCGUCGUCUCCACCAAGUGCGGCCGCUACAUCGAUGGCUUCGAUUUUAGCGCGGAGAGGGUGACCAGGAGCAUCGAUGAGAGCCUCGCCAGGUUGAAGUUGGAUUACGUCGAUAUCCUCCACUGCCAUGACAUCGAGUUUGGCUCCCUCGAUCAGAUUGUGAACGAGACAAUUCCUGCAUUACAAAAGAUAAGGGAGACUGGAAAGGCUAGAUUUAUUGGAAUAACAGGUCUACCUCUAGAGAUCUUCACUUAUGUUCUUGAUCGCACACCGCCGGGUUCAGUUGAUGUUAUUCUUUCAUAUUGUCAUUACAGUAUUAAUGACUCAGCCCUGAUAGAUUUGCUACCAUAUUUGAAAAGCAAGGGUGUUGGUGUGAUCAGUGCCUCACCACUUGCAAUGGGCCUCCUCACGGAUUAUGGUCCGCCGGAGUGGCAUCCUGCUUCAUUAGAACUCAAGGAUGCCUGCAGAGAUGCAGCUGCGCAUUGUAAGGAAAAAGGGAAGAACAUAUCUAAGGUAGCUCUACAGUACAGCUUGAUGAAUAAAGAAAUUGCUACCAUACUGGUUGGUAUGAACUCUCCUAAGCAGGUUGAGGAAAAUGUUACUGCUGCACUUGGAUUAUCAAGUCUGGGAAUCGAUCAGGAGCUUUUACAUGAGGUUGAAACUAUUUUAGAGCCUGUCAAAAAUCAGACAUGGCCAAGUGGCAUCCAAUGAUAGAUGCGGUGUUUUUCUGCAUGUAGCAUGAUGCUGGCUCAGCGGGCUUUUGCAAGUGCAGAUUAAAUAGAAAAGAGAAAAAUGUUAGCUGAUGGUGCUCAUAAUGAAGUAUCGAUUAGGAAUAAAAUUGAUUUAAUUUGACUGAAUCGACAAGUUGACUUGCUGCUAGCUUGUGAAAGCAAAUUCACUCUCAUGGUAAGUAGUGGACUAAAGAUCUUGUAAGACUUGUAUUUGUCUAGCGACAAGAAAUGGAGAGCUUUAUUGAUAAAUCUUUAAUUCCACAAUGUUGGCUUAAUGGAGAUUAAAUGAAUUGUUAUAGCUACACAUUCACAAGCAGGAGUGCCAUCUUA